AUGCGCUGCUUGUUGCAAAAGCGGAAACAGAUAUGUUCACAACUGCUCCCGGAAGGUGUCUCUUGUGCUGAUUAUGUGUCUGUCGUAUCUCAAUUACCACCUCUGGAAGUUGAAGAGCAGAUUUGUCACUGGGACAUAGCAACGCUAGCUGACCCCGACUUCGUGAUAGAGUAUUCUCCCGAGCAAUAUCCCCUGUUAUCGGUGACCCGUGGAGGUGUCCAACUGGUUUUAAAUGUUGCUGGCCAAGGCGUCUUUAGCACCUCCUGCGUCACCACUGCAGCAGAGUUUUCCGCUCACCUCUUGGCGGCCCUGACGGUAAGAGGCUAUGAGCCCGAGUAUGAAAUAAAGCUGCUGCAGUCGGACAAUUCAGCUAAAAAUUGA